AUGAACCAAAUCCAAGUCCAAAAUCAAAUUUAUAAAUGCAAUCUGUGUCAACAUGAUUAUAAAGAAUAUAAUAAUCCGUCUAUAUUCAAGUGGUAUAGAUGUGUUUUUAAAGGAAUGGUGGGGAAAGAAAAUUUAAAUGAAUGUUUGGGAUCAGAAGAAUGGGUCAUUAAAUAUUAUGAAAAUAAUGAAGCUGUUUUCUCAGAUAUUUGUACACGAUCAGAAGAUGAAGGAGAUGUAGUAUUUAUGUGGAAGGAAAUAGAAAUUGUAGACAGUAGGGAAAACAAGACAAUAAGUAACAAGUUGACUGUUAAGUUAUGUAUAAAUAGGAGCACCUUGGUUUUAGGAGAAAACAAUAAAAAUUUAUAA